AUGCGAUUUCGUGAACGAAUAUUUCGGCUGAAAAAUCUGCCGGCUGGCGAGUUGAACACGGCACUUCGAAGAUGUUUGAGCACAUUUGAUAUUACAUUGUUAGGAGUUGGACAUAUGAUUGGAGCUGGGAUUUAUGUUUUGACAGGUGAGAGCAUUCGGAGAUAAAAUUAGAAAUGAAAUAUAAAAUUUCAAAAAUAAAUUAAAGUUCACGUUUGAAUAAAAUCCCAUAGUUUUUUAUUGAUGAUUUUCAAUUUUGAAUUUUUUUUUCCCAAAAUCACAAUUUCUCAGAUUUUGGCGCAAAAUUAGGGAUUUCAAGUGAAAAAUUUUAAAAUUCAAAUUUUUCCACGUGGCACCAAAAAUAUUAAAUUCAAAUUUUGCCACGUGGAUUUUUAUUUAUCAUUUUUUUUCUACAGGCUCGGUUGUUCGAAAUACAGCAGGUCCAUCAAUUGUGAUUUCAUUUCUACUCGCUGGUUUCGCUUCUUUACUCUCAGCUCUUUGUUAUGCUGAAUUUGGAGCUCGUUUUCCAAAAGCUGGAAGUGCUUAUACUUACACCUAUGUAGGUGUUGGAGAAAUUUGGGCAUUUAUAAUUGGCUGGAAUAUUAUUCUCGAACAUAUGUUAGGAGCUGCCGCUGUAGCUCGAAGUUGGUCUGGAUAUUUAGAUUCGUUGAUGGGAAAUGUCAUCUCAAAUUCUACAAUUGCUCGAGUUGGAAAUCUCCGUGAAACUUCCUCAUUUUUCGGAGAUUAUCCAGAUCUUCUCGCUUUCAUUUUAAUUGUCAUUGUUGCGAUUUUUGUUGCAAUGGGAUCCAAGGUUUCGACAAAUUUCAACUCAUUUUUGACUAUUCUGAAUAUGGGAGUUAUUGUGAUUGUUGUUGGUUAUGGAAUCACUUUUGCUGAUUUUAAUUUGUGGAGUGGGAAUAAUCCGGUGACUGGGGUCAGCAACUUUUUCCCAUAUGGAGUUAGUGGAAUGUUUGCUGGAGCUGCAUCUUGUUUUUUCGCUUAUAUUGGAUUUGAUGGUUUAGCAACAGCUGGAGAAGAAGCCAAAAGUUAGUUUCAAAUUUAAAAAAAAUAAAAAAUAAUUUUCUAUCCCAGAUCCAUCAAAAUCAAUACCAAUAGCAACAUUUGCAUCAAUGUCAAUUGUCACAUUCUCAUAUGUUCUUAUGUCUGCGUCUCUUACUCUUAUGAUUCCAUACGAUCAAGUUCAUCCAACUGCAGCAUUUUCAGAUGCUUUUGCUUUGAAAGGUGCUGAUUUUGCGAGAUAUAUAGUUUCAUUAGGAGCAUUGUUUGGGAUGACAACAAGUCUUGUUGGUGGAAUGUUUGCUCUUCCGAGAUGUGUUUUUGCUAUGGCUGAAGAUGGUUUGAUAUUUGGAAGUUUGGCGACAAUUAAUCCAAAAACUCAAGUACCAAUUCAAGCUCUUUUGAUAUUUGGAUCAAUUACAGCUGUUAUUGCAUUACUUUUUGAUAUUGAAACAUUGGUUUGUAUUUAAACUCUUGAAAAAUUACUUUUUCAAAGAUUUCCUUUAGGUUGAAUUUCUGUCAAUUGGAACUCUUCUUGCUUACUCAAUUGUUUCUGCUUGUGUUAUUGUUCUUCGUUAUCAACCAAAUUAUAAUGUCGAUGAAGGACAUUUCGAUAAUGGUGGAAAACUUCGAUUCAGCAUUCCAUUUUUGAAAUUCUUAGAUGAUUUGGAGCCCGGACAAUCAAUUUAUUAUGGAAUAUCGGUUAUGAUUUCUUCAUUUUUCAUGACUUCUCUUGGAUUUACCUAUGAACUAUGGAAUGGAUCUUUUUGCUCUCAACUAUUUCUAGUCUUCAAUAUUCUGAUCUCAAUUUUGUCUUUUCUAUUCAUCUGUGCGCAUUAUCAAAAUUCUACAUUUUUGGAUUUCAAGGUUCAUUUUUUUUUGAAUAACUUUAACUUCUAUCCAAAAUAUUUGAUUUUUCAGGUUCCAAUGGUUCCUUUUAUUCCAAGUUUGAGUCUAUUAAUCAACACUUUAAUGAUGGUACAUUUGGCACCAAUUACUUGGGUUCGAUUAUUUGUUUGGAUGGCGAUUGGAUUUGCAAUCUAUUUUUCGUAUGGAAUUAGAAACUCAAAAGAGGAAGUCAAGAAUGCUGAAAAAUUCUCGAAAAGUUCCACAUAUGAUUCUGUUGUUUCUGAAGCCGCUGAUAAACCCUAA